CUUCGUGUUGUGAUGUCCUCUCGUUUUGUUUUUUAUUUCGACUAGAAGAACGUCGUCCUAGGAUUUUGAUUUUCGAACUUGGACGAAGUUGUUUCGCGAGUAUCUCCUGUUUUUUGAUUCUGAAGAUAGAAGUACCUGCGACACGACAGUUUUCUUCGGGACGAAAAGGUAUCGUACACAAAAGGUCCUCUGCUUCCCGAAACUGAACCUACAAAAACAUGUUCGAGACGGUAAAAACGGCCGUCAAGGUGUUCCUUGAUAACCCGAAGCUGGUGCUCGAAAGGAUCUACACUACUGGUGCGGGCAUCUCGGUGCUUUCCGCGGAUGGAAAAACGAAAACAUACGCCAGCUACGCGGCAAUGCUGACGGCUAUCGCGUGCGCGACCCUGGCGAUCCCGGUGCUCUGGUAUGUUGGGAGGAAAAAGGUCCUGGAGCUGUUUUACCACGAUCAGGAGGUGUAUCAGUGUGCAAAACUUCCGUCCUUCCGUCUCAUUUGUCACAUGCAAAGCACUAAAAAUUGUUCCUGCCAUCUGACAGGGAUUGCAUGACAAAUUCCGCAACUUGUUGUACUAGGCCAAACAGUAGUACUAGUAAAGCACUCGGUCGUGCAGUAGAAACAAAAAAAGUUUUCAUGCACGCCAGACUCCAUGUUCGCUGGUGGUGGUGUUUCAUCUACCAUGGCUGUUCAUGCGUUUGUUCCAAAUGAGGGGGCGGGGGGGCUGUUGUGCACGCUCAUAAUGUGCUGGAAGAAAUCGCGGCUGCCGUAGAUGAAGAUGGUACUUCUACUUGCUUUUGCUCUAUGCUUGUUUGGAGUGGAUCUGAUUUGUCAUGUGUGGUGCAUAUUAUAUAAUUCUGGUUGCGUUUAUUCUCUUUCUUCUUUCUAACUCUGAUGCAACUAGUAGCAGCAGAACAAUGGAAUAAAAAAAAAGAUGACGAACCAGCAGCCGCGUCAGCUCCAAAAUCGAUGAAGAAGGCCGCAGUUUUAUGCAAUGCGGAAAAUCAUUCACCAGUCAAGUCUUGUUUCGUUUGUCAUGCUACAACAGACUUCAACCCAGUACAUCGAAAAGACGCAUUUAUUUUCGUGUGACCACUGGGAAGCAUGACAAAUUCAGAUUAAAUACUGGUGGGGAUUUUAUACCCUUGUUGCAUACUCAUCAAUGAAAAAAGCCGUGUCAAUGAAGAGGGCAAAGGUAGAAAGUAUUUUUAGUACUUUUUUUGCAAUACUUUUACGUAAGACCACGAAAAACAUUCCCCAUGCUUCCUGGAGAUCUAGAGAAGCGCGUAUGCUUCUACACUCUUUUUUUCAAAAUAAACAGACACCUGCAGCGCCAGCACGUGGGAAAUCGGCAGGGUUAUGGAACGCAACCUGACGAGAGGGGGUUUCUUGUCAUGCAGUGAAGGGUACCACUGCCAUUUCUCGUUUUAGCAUGGUUCUCCGCGCGUACACAUAUAAUUUUCUGCGACAUAAAUAAAACUGGUUGGAGAAUGAAUGUUGAGGACAGUAUUUCUGUGCAUGACAAGCCCUCUCUUCGUUUCUUGCGGUGGAUAUGCGAAAAUGAAAGCCGGCAAAUCCCCCGCGGGAAAAAUGAAAAUGAUGAAAAAAAAGUGAUUUUCGACAGGGAUCGUGUAAAUUCUACACUAUUUCUUGUCAUGCAAGACCCCUGUAAGCCAGACUUCUGUCAUGCACCAGGGCAACGCAAGCUGUGAAUAUGAAUUUUUAAUCUCGCCGCCACUGUAAUACGUCGCUUCAUUUUGUUGCACUACGUAAUGAAGUACGAAAUUUCAUCAACGCCGUCUUGUUUUAACCUGUAGUAAUUUCGGUUUCUCCGUUUCGUAUAUUCUACCCUUCAAAGUUUCGCGGUUGGGUUCGAUACUUACAAUUGUGUUUCUUGCUUGUUGGCGCUCUUGCGUGGUUUCUAUGUUGUAUACGUCGGUGUAGUUACAUUGAAUUGUUUUAUUAGAAAUAACUCUUGCCGCGUAGUUGCAGUUCCUGUGCCCCAAAGAUGUUGCUGUGGCAACACAUGCCUACUUGAACAGUUCAUCAGCCACAAGCAUUAAUUCGUUCGCCGAAAGAUGUAUAGACGCACAUCACCAUGCGACUGUGCCGGCUCUUGUCCCAUAGCAGGGGUCGAGAAGUGCGUAGGACUUUAUUUUUGCCUGCAGUUUAGUAUUACUCUCGAGGAGUGGCCAGGAAGAUCUUCGUGUGAGUCGCCUGAGGUGAAAAUCAAAAUUCGGUUUCGGAAUAGUAAAAUUGCGUCGCUCAUGCUUCGAGAUAAAACGCACGACUGCGCCAUUUUCUGUGCUCAUCAGGUGGACACGAGAGGCACGAGUGAGAAAC